AUGGCCUCGGAAUGGCGUGACAAGCUGCAGCGGUACGUGUCUGUGGAGGAGGUGUGCGUGAAGCCCAACCCCAAGAAUGUCAAGGACCCGCUGCUGGCAGUGCAGCAUGAGGGCGAGCGGACUCUGGCUGCCCUUCCCAACGACGCCUAUGUGGUACUUCUUGACGAGCGGGGCAAGGCCCUGACCAGCCCAGGGCUGGCCGCCUUACUCACCAGGGCCUCCUCCGAUGGGUCGCCACGCCUCGCUUUCCUGGUGGGGGGCCCGCAUGGGCACCAUGCCUCGGUGAGAGCCCGCGCUGACAUCAGCAUAAGGCUGUCUGACAUGGUCCUGAACCACCAGGUGGCCCACGUGGUCCUGCUGGAGCAGCUCUACCGCGCGUGGACCAUCCUGAAGGGGUCGCCCUAUCACCACUGA